AUGCCACGUGCGUCUAAAAACAAAGAUCCAAACGCACCAAAACGUCCGUUAUCCGCCUUCUUUAUAUUUUCACAAGAUGAACGUCCGGCAAUUAAACAAAAAAAUUCAACAUUAUCGGUUGCUGAUGUCGCAAAACAAAUUGGUGAAAGAUGGCGUGGAGCAAGCGAUGAUGUAAAAAAAAAGUAUGAAAAAUUGGCAAAAGAGGCAAAAGAAAAAUAUGAAAAAGAGAUGGCUGCAUAUAAAAAUUCUGCUGAAUAUAAAGCACCACCGAAAGGACAACGAUAA